AUGCCUGUUCGUACCUAUUUUGAUAUUGAAAUUGAUGGUCAACUUGAAGGUCGAAUAGUUUUUGAACUGUUUGAUGAUAUAGUACCAAAAACUGCGGAAAAUUUCCGUGCGCUUUGCACAGGCGAAAAAGGUACUGGCGCUUCUGGAGUUCCAUUACACUAUAAAGGAUGUAUAUUUCAUCGUGUGAUCAAGGAAUUUAUGGUUCAAGGUGGUGAUUUUACAUUAGGUGAUGGUAGAGGUGGUGAAAGUAUUUAUGGAGAAAAAUUUGAAGAUGAAAAUUUUAAAUUAAAACAUGAUCAACCAUUCCUUUUAUCAAUGGCAAAUGCUGGCGUUAACACUAAUGGCUCUCAGUUUUUUAUCACCACAGUGAAUACUCCACAUUUAGAUGAUAAGCAUGUAGUUUUUGGCAAGGUUUUAAAAGGAAAGUCAGUUGUUAGAGCCAUUGAAAAUAUUCCAGUAUCAGAUGAUAAACCAACAAAAAUUGUUAAAAUUGUUGAUUGUGGCGAACUAAAAGAAGGUGAGGAUGAUGGCAUACAAGAACCUGUUGAUGUUGAUUAUUCUGAAUCCAAAGAACCAAAGGAUCUACUUGAAAUUGCUAAAAAUAUAAAAGAAAUUGGAAAUUCUUAUUAUAAAAAGUCAGAAUAUGAAAGUGCAAUUAAAAAAUACACAAAGGCAAUUCGCUAUCUUAAUGAGAAAAUAUUAGAUGAUACAGACGACCCACCUGAACUAAAAAAAGAAUUUCAUUCACUAAAAAUUUCAUGUUACUUAAAUAAAGCAGCAUGUUCAUUGAAUUUACAACAUUAUCAAAAUGUAAUAAAUGAUGUUAAUAUAGUGUUAGAAAUGCCAUCCGAAUACUUAUCAACAACUGAUAAAGUUAAAGCGUUAUAUAGACGUGGCACAGCAUAUAACGGCUCGAAAGAUGAGGAAGCAGCUUUAGAGGAUUUAAAAGAAGCUAAUAAAUUAAAUCCAAAAGAUUCAGCAAUUCUAAAAGAAUUACAAAUAGCUAAACAAAAAAUCGUUGCUAGAACAAAUGCUCAAAAGAAAGCUUAUAGUAAAAUGUUUAGUUGA